CAUUCCAGUGACAGGAGUAUAUUCCAAUAUGUUCAAGAAAAAAGGAGUUUUCAUUUCAUUUAUUGUUGUAUGUAUUGGCCUUAUAAAUGCAGACAUUUUUGCCCAUGAACAAAGACUACAUAAUGAUCUCAUGAAAAACUACCUCACAGCAGUUCGACCAACCACAGAUCUCAGUACACCAAUCCAUGUUCAACUCAUGUACGACCUAAUUAGAGUUGAUGAACUAGAUGCAGCAAAGGAAACGAUUACCACCACAUUUUUGUUCGAACAGAUCUGGAAAGAUCCUCGUUUGACAUGGAACACUACAGAAUAUGGAGGCAUUAAAUCCAUACGAUUUCCAUACAACAGUGUUUGGCAUCCAGAUAUAGAAAUUGAGAACUUGGCGCCGGGGCCAUCUUGGUCAUCUGAAGCUUCCGUAUACAUCAGCUAUGACGGCACUGCCAUUUACGUGCCCCACAAAACAGUGUCCACUUACUGCUCAAUGAAUUUAGCGCUGUUCCCAUAUGAUACCCAGACAUGCUCUUUAACUUUUGUUCCGUGGACUCACAAUGCGCUUGAAAUGAGAUUGGGACUGUAUGGUCAUUACUAUAAUACGACAAAAAAGUUGGAAAUCAAUGUAGAAAAUUACCUCACUUUUCAGUGGAAAAUUUUAAAAGCAACGGCCUCCAUCAACAGUAGGAAGUAUUCUUGCUGUCCAGAGGAGUAUCAGAGGUUUGUGGUGACGAUAACGACGAUGAGGAAGACUAGCUUUUAUCGUUACGUCGUCACCUGGCCCUCCAUUAUUGCCUGUUUUCUGGUUCCGUUUCUCUUUGCUAUACCUUCACAUUCCGCUCAGAAAAUUACAUUUGGUCUUGGACUUAUGAUUUUUGAGUCAUUGAUCGUUUUGGUCUUCGUUGAGACAAAUACAUUUGAUCACACUACAGUUCCGAACCUUGCCAUUUUCCACUUGAUCAUUUUGAUUUUAACAUCAAUAAGUCUCCUGUUGUCCAUAUUCAUUGUCUCGCUAUGUGAUGACAGUGGAAGAAGGACACGCGUACCAGCUUGGUUACAAAGACUUGCCUUGAAUGAUACUUGCUUGAGGAGGAUACUUUGUCUUGGAAAAUAUGGAAAGUCCAUCAGGUAUUCUAACGGAGGUGGGGGUCUUUUAGAAGACCAGGGGAUACAUGAACUUUCACAUGAUGCCCCUGAAAUGCACACUGUGUCCAAUAACGAUACGAUGAGGGAUUUAUCGGAGUCCAUUCGCACAAUCUCCGACAAGAUGAUCUCCGAGGAGACUUCUGCUAGGAUUAUACAAGACUGGCGAGAGAUCGGGAGAUUGGUGGAUCGAGUUCUUGGUUUUCUCUGUGUUGUGACUGUGUUUAGUUUAUUAAUGUGGUCAAUUACGUCUUCCAUCUGGUUAAAAUAAUGACAAGAAUGCUUUUUUUUUAAAGUUACACUAACAUUUUAUAUUUGUAAACAGUGAUACAGUACAGUUCUACUGGAUUUAUAAACUCGCGCCCUGCACAUUUGACAGAAUGUGACGUCUCGGCACCUGUUAGCACGGAGAGGCCGAUAAAUUUCACGGAAUGGAAUUGAUGCAAUAUGCGUGCCUUCAACCAAAAGGUGAUACGUCAUAUUUUGUCAGUCAGUCAAAGCUCUUGGUGCCUAUCUUGAAUCCAAAUACGUAUAUCAUAAAGAACUAUACACAAUAUAUUUUCCGUAUGUGAAAUAUUGUAGAUCGAAUUUUUUUUAACAGUUUCACUCAAUCGACUGUUACAAUAUAUUAUAAUAAUUAACUAAAAAAAUACACAUGUAAUUGUAAUACUGUAUCCAUAAAAACUAAUGUUAGAAAGUAAUUAAAAGCUGCAUGUAACAACACACUAUUUCUGUGAUUUGUUUGAUCUUCUGUCUAUUGCAGCAUACAGGCACUUGGGGGCUGGACCCCCCCCCCCCUCCCCCUUUCCAUUUUUGUUUUAAAUCUGGGGUUGACACACCUUUUCCCUAUUUUUGUAUUCUAAUAUGAUAUUGAUAAUGUAACCCUUAUUUCUCAAUAAGAUGUUUUUAUUGUUUUCGACUGAUACCGUAUAUGGGGGAGGGGUUGCUUGGUGACUAUCUGUGCCUUGGAGAAUGACCAUGUUAAUUAUGCAGAAAAUCAUACCCUGGGAGCAUUUUUACUACUAUGUAUAUAGCAAAAUUUAUGAGGUACUUUA